AUGGCAGCGUCAUUGCCAUAUCACGAACCCGGCAUCGAGGGCAUCUUGAUCUUAUCCUCAUUCCUCCUCGCCCUUAAUAUAAUCAACUCUGUCCUCGACAGGACCCUAUAUUGCGGCCUUGUCGGUCAGGUUUUCAUCGGCAUUGCCUGGGGCACCCCGGGUGGUAAAUGGCUUUCCGAUUCACUUGAGGACUCGAUCGUGCAGCUGGGGUAUUUGGGAUUGAUGAUGAUCGUAUUUGAAGGUGGACUAUCGUCAUCAAUAGCCACGAUGAAGGCGAACUUGUUGCUUUCCGUCUGCGUGGCCGUUACGGGCGUCUCAGUGCCCAUGGGCUUGUCGUUCUUCCUGGCACCAAUGGUGGGAGCGAGCCCUAUCCAGUGCUUCGCCGCCGGCGCGGCGCUGUGCUCCACAAGCCUGGGGACGACUUUCACCGUGCUGAGCACCAGCGGCUUGGUGUCGACACGGCUGGGUAGUGUGCUCAGCACCGCUGCCAUGAUGGAUGAUGUGGUUGGGCUGGUCAUGGUACAGAUUGUGUCCGGCCUGGGCAGCAGAAACACUCAGAUCUCUCCUGUCGCUGUGAUCAGGCCUAUUCUUGUCUCACUCGCAUUCGCGGUCGUGGUUCCAUUAGCUUGUCGCUAUAUUUUAAGACCUCUAAUGACGGUUUUGGACAGAAUCAGAGGAGAGCAUGUAGGUUCGGAAGUUGUCAUGAUGUCAAGGACCAAGCAGACCGUCUUUGUUGUUCAGACUGCACUCCUAUUGGCACUUGUGACGGGCGCGAGCUAUGCCGGCGCAUCUGUUCUUCUAGCCGCGUAUUUGGCCGGCAUUAUUGGGGCCUACUGGGAGGAUAAGACGAUCAAAGAGCAACAAACCGGGUCGGCAGCCCAAUCUUCAAUUGCGUCACAAAAUGGUAGAUAUCCUGAAAAUGUCCCUUUACCGGCCGCGUCCAAAGAGAGCACUAAUACCGGCCCAGUGCCUGCAGAUGCAGGCGUUCGAGCAACCCCUGAUAUCGCACGAACUUCGCCGUCAGAAAUGUACGAACACUAUUAUGUGCAACCUAUCGAACGAGUUCUCAAGCCGUUUUUCUUCUUCCUGGCUGACCAUCCACGGGCCUCUAUCGGUUUCUCCAUACCAAUAAGCAAGAUGUUCUCCGGCGCCAUCGUCUGGCGCGGAAUAAUCUACACCAUCCUUAUGCUCAUCGGGAAAGCUCUCUGUGGCGUAUGGCUGAUCGGGUUCUCGGUGCCGCUGAGGGACAAGAUUAUCGACGCGGGUAACUCGACCACAUCUGGGGUCGGUGCCCUGCUGCGCAAGCUUUCACUCGGGAGGCUGGUCCACCAGCACAAGAGGGAGCAAGAGAAGACCGGUAGCACAGGCGCAGGUUCUCGGAACCAGGGCGUACCCCUUCGAGAACCGCAAAUGUCGACCACCUCACCACACCCUGUGGUCGAGAAAGGCAAAAGUCCGGAAAAGCCGCUGUCGCUCUAUCCUGCCGGCAUCAUGGCGUUCGCCAUGAUCGCCCGUGGCGAGAUUGGUUUCCUGAUCUCUUCGGUCGCUGAAAGCAACGGCAUAUUCUCUGGCUCCUCGGCUUCAGCCCCGCCAGAUGAGGCAUCUGAGAUAUUCCUCAUCGUCACGUGGGCCAUCGUGUUGUGUACUGUCAUCGGCCCCUUCUGCGUUGGCUUGCUCGUCCGGAGGGUGAAGAAGCUGGAGGCCAAAAGCGCUGCCGCUCCGGUUGAAGGUGCGAAAAGGGAUGUUCUGGGCGUCUGGGGUGUCUCAUAG